CUACUAAACCCUAGCUCAAAACUGCAUCUUCUCAAUCCCUUCUUCCUCUCUCAUCUCUCUCUUCGCGAACACUUUGAAGCACAAGUAGCCGCAAGUUUCCUACACCAGAGGAGAGAGAAAGAGAGAGGAAGAAAAAAAAAUGGCGGACAAAGCAGUUACACUAAGAACUCGCAAGUUCAUGACUAAUCGUCUUCUCUCAAGGAAGCAAUUCGUCGUUGAUGUUCUUCAUCCUGGUCGCGCUAAUGUGUCAAAGGCGGAGUUGAAAGAAAAGUUAGCUAGGAUGUAUGAUGUGAAUGAUACAAACGCCAUCUUUGUAUUCAAAUUCCGUACUCAUUUUGGAGGAGGUAAAUCAACUGGAUUUGGUUUGAUUUACGAUUCUGUUGACAGUGCAAAGAAGUAUGAACCCAAGUACAGGCUGAUCAGGAAUGGAUUGGCCACCAAGAUUGAGAAGUCCAGGAAACAAAUGAAGGAGCGGAAGAACAGAGCUAAGAAGAUUCGUGGUGUCAAGAAGACAAAGGCAGCUGAUGCUAAGAAGAAAUAAGGAAGUAGUUACAUUGAGGAUGCUGUGUUCACCGGUGGACCAGUUUCCAGUUUUGGUUCAUUUCCUUUGCAGUUGUCAAAUUUCCCCUACUUCACUAGUUUUGUUGCUGGUUUAGCCCAAUUAGCGAUAGUGACUUUAGUGAAAGAUUAUGAUGACACUUCUAGGUGCGAGAAUGUUCGAUGCAAAAUUUUAUCAAGAGUUCUAUCAAAUUUUUGUCUGGUUAUGGAUGGGAUUGUGAUUUAUUGAAGCAGAAUUUUCGUCUUGUUUCUUUCUUUA